GACGAUAAUUUCUUAGCACCAGAAUAUUGUUCCGGCGCCGAAAAACAGAUUUUUACUGAGUAUACUUGUACGGAUUCCUACAAAUCACCUAUGUUUUCAGCACUCGAUGUAAGAUUAACAAAGUUAUACAAAGGUUUCAUUGAAGUACACGACGGCUCAACUUCGUGGAAAGUUUAUGAUGAAAAUUGGGAUAAAGUUCGCCGUAACAUGCUGUGUAAACACUUGGGGUUUGAAGUGAAUGGAAACAAUGAAUUGAUUUCACUAGAUAUUCCCAGUGGGGAGAAAAUUGCCAAGGGAGAUGUCAUGUGUUACUCUACUCGCUCAAACGAAACAUCAUGCUGUACGCAUCUUCAGUCUUACACAACCACUUCAAGUACAUCAAUUCCAAAUGUAAAUUGUCAGAUAUGCGAUAAACCGAUAAUUACUGGCCAAAACACGUUUCCAAAACCCACAUUUUCAGGAAAUGGGACCAGUGAUUACACUCUGGCUAGGAUGGACAAACGCGGUUGGUGUUCAGGGAAUGGAGACGAGUAUUUAGAAAUCGACCUUCAGAAGGAAUACAACAUUUUCCAGAUUGUGGUUGCGGCGGAUGAAAACCAAGCAAAGUGGAGUGGUUCAUAUUCCUUGAAAUACAGUCGUAACACAUCGUAUGAAAACAGCAUAAAGAUAACUGGGAAUAAAAAUGGUUAUCAAGCGGCGUCAACUUUCGUUGAUAUUCGUAAUGUGCGUUACAUAAAGAUAGAAUCGACUGACAAGCAGGAAUUUUGUCUUAGAAUUGAACUUUGUGAACCGAGUAGGUAUUUUUAG